AUGGCGGAGAAACAAACCGUCGAUACCAUUUCAUCGCGAGCGCUGAUAGCCCAAGAAUCUCUUCUAAAAGCAAUCAGCUCCACUAGCCCAGAAGACAUAGAACGGGCUAUUUCUCAAUGGGAACCUCUUGCAAACGCAAUCUCCCCUAAGCAUCCGGACUAUGAGCCCGUUUUGGCCAGCUAUGCUGUUGCAAUCCUCCUGCGCUGGGAAGAUAGCCACCAGCUACAAGACAUCCGCAAGGCUAUAUUGACACUAGAGAACGCCGUCACCAGCCUUGGCAAUGCUCCAAGUCGGAAUAGAUACCAGAAUCUUGUCAAUCUCGGCUCCAGCUAUUUCGAUCGUUUCGAGACGUUCAACAAGGAUCCAAAGGACAUUCUGAGAGCAGUAGAGUGUAUGGAACUCGCGAAUACAAUCUCUAUCACCUUGGGAUUUGGAACCGAGAGCGCUAAUAAACUCUUAUCACAUCUUGGAGACGCAUACUUCUAUGGAUAUGAAGUAGGCAUUGUUGGCGUCGAAGCCGUCUACAAUGCUAUCCGGCACUUCCAGACUGUCCUUUCGCAUGGCGCAAAGGACAAGCAAGGCAGCACGCAGUACAAGAUUGGUCAAUGCUACUCGGCACUAUAUAACCGUUUGAAAAAAACCGAGGAUUUGGACCUAGCUAUCAAAUUCCUCCAAGCCUCGACCGAACACGAGUUGUAUCGUGACGAGCGGCAAGGUGCCUUGAUGGAGCUCAGUAGGGCUGUCGCUCGAAAGUAUGACGCUACGAGAGACCAGAGUUAUUUGGAGGAAGCCAUUCGAUGGGCGAGAAUGACUCUCAAGGAGAAUGAAGGCGAGCCUUCCAUUCUUCGCAAUCUUGCCAAUCUCUUGUACUGGAAAUACAAGGACCUGAAGGACAACGCGGCACUUGACGAAGCCAUCGAAUACUACGAAAUCAUCUAUGCCCUUUAUCAAACAAAGCCUGGCCGCAGUCUCGCAUCCUUCUACUACUCAUAUGGCACUGCGUUGAUACGACGAUUCGACGCCGUUGACAGUACCCAGCACAAUCGACUUCAGGACAUUGAGCGUGCCGUCGACCUCAUGGAAUGGGCGGUCAAGAGCGCAGCCCCACAGUCACUCGAGGACUACGAGCAUAGGCUAAAAGGCGCGAAAUCACGGAGGGACAGGCUGCUAGGGCAACAAACCGCAUCUCCACCAGCAACCAUGCGGAGUUCCAAUACAAUAGGAUUCCCCUCUUCGCCAAGUAGCCCAACUUCGGUUUCCUUUGCAGAGCAGCAGACUGAGCUGCCGAAACGAUCGAAUAGCACCCGACGAGCACCAAUACCCUCUCUUGCAUCCCAUCCCGACAACCCUGGCUCUUCUACUACGACAUUUCACCGAGUGUCAGCUAGCAGCGAGACCCGCAGGAGGUCUGGGUCUCGAGCGAGCGAAGCCGCGUCGGAUGCGACGGUCAUCCCAACGCUGAAGCGUGGUCAAACUGCACCGUCGCUCUUAUCCGAAUCCAUGUCCGUCAUGAGCGUACCAGCGGUGCAGGACCUUCCCGCCAUCAACUCUCAGCAAGCUCGCCCACGUGUUCUACGGCGGGCUACGCGUUCGAUACCCAUGCCUACUCUCGCGAAACCUCCACCACCCACAAAGUUUAUUAAUUCAUCUCCCGAUAAACCUCGUCGAGACUUUUUGUCGUUCGCCAGACUGCUAGGGCCCAAGCCAUCGUAG